AUGGAAAAGUUCACAAAAACCAUAGGAGCUAGAACAGAGUUCGACGAAAUAAGUGCAGUCGCUUUAGCAUUGCAAAGGAUUUUCGGUCAGCAAGUCCUAGAUCCAGAAUGGACUUGGAAAAAAUACUUCAUAUACCAUAUAUCCAACCUAACAUUAUUCGUUUACGUAUUCUUUGGGACAUUAGAAUGUCUUAAGACCACAAACGACAUGGAACUUGCAGCUGAAGCGUCUUACACUUUGAUAAUGAUAGCAAUAUUCCCCAUCAAAAUGCUGCUUUUUAUUAAAAACAGAUUUACUUUCAGAAAGCUUUAUCUUACAGCUAAAACUACUCUAGUUGAUGUCAUAAAAGCUGAUACUUCUGUGAAUAUAAAAAAUGUUUUUAAAACUGCACGAAAGAUUGUCUUUUGUUUGUUCUUAUUUGUAUUGGUCCCGAUAUCUAUAUAUGAAGUAACGACAUUAUGGUACUAUAUCAAUGGGAAAAGACCAUUGCUGUCUAGAUCUACGGUGACCUUGAUGCCUAUGACCACACCAUACUAUGAGAUUGCUUGGAUUCUUCAUACAAUAUUCUUGAUCGAAGUAUCAACAACUAUAAUUUUGGACUUGUGGUUCGUUUUGCUUAUUUAUUUCCUGUCUCUUGCGUGCGAUAGUAUAACAAGAAGUCUCAAGAUACCUUCAAAGGGUGGCAACGAGAGUAUUGAAGCAUACGCAAAACGAUUGAACGAUAAUCUACGUAACUUUUAUAAAAUACAUGUAGAACAAGCACAGUACAUGAAUUUACUAAGCAGCAUGUACAAAUGGUUAGGCUUUGUGCCUCUAUGCAACGCAGCGAUGUGCACUUGCGUUAUUUUGCUUCUAAUGAGCAAAGAAAUUAAUUGGAAAUUCGCUCCCCACGUGUUGCCGAUGUUUGCAGAGAUUUUUGCUUACAACUGGUUCGGCGAACAGAUUAAAACAAAGGCUCAAAAUCUACGUCUCGCUCUUAUGAACUACGAUUGGACGUGCAUGGAGUUAAGGGACAAGAAGAAUUACUUAAUUAUUAUGACGUAUAUGAAGAAGACGUUUGGUAUCAACACAGCAGUUGGCAACGAUUUGUCUUUAAUCACUAUGACCGCUGUACUGAAAAUUAGCUACAAAGCAUUCACCGUAUUGAAAACUGUGUCUAAUUAAAACAGAUUCUACAAUUAUAAAAUUAUCAUUAAUGUUUUAAAUUAAUUGCACAUUUUGCACAGGCUUUUUAAAUACAAUAGGCAUAGGCAAAUUCUGAGUCAACAAUAAUGAAAAAAUUAAUUAAAAACCUAA